AACUAACAGAAAGAAAAACAUGUGCCAAGCACAUGACUUCCCCAAAUCCCCAUACAUUGUACUAUUGAUUUCCUCCCAAAUCCUGCCCGAUCAGCUUCCAAAAACAAAAUUUCAUCUUCUUCUGAACUUAAGCAACUAGACAAGUUCUUUUUCAACAGAAGAACUGAAGCUGGGGUUAUUUUCUAUCUCCUCUUUCCUUGCCUCACAAACAAGGUAAACAAAAUAGUCAUUGAAGAAGUUUUGGUUUUACCAUUACUGUAGUAUAUUUUUUAUUUCUCAAACUAAACAUCGUUUUCAUUCUCAAUAACAUCAGAUUUUGUAGGUUGAAAAACAAGAAACAAUACGAAGAAUGUUGGCUCGAAGAUUAACUGACAGAUCUGUCACACCCAACUAUGAUCCUAUUUCUGAGGCAUCCCUUUUCACAAUUAAAGUACAUCAUGGCGGAUCAUUUGUGCGUGGUCCGACAAGAGGCUACAUAGGUGGGAAAGUUGUAUUUUUUGACUAUGUAAACAGAACAAUGAUAAGCUUAUCAGAUUUUAAAAAUAUGGCCGAACAAUGUGGUUAUGACAAGGAGUCUGUGGUGUUCUGGCACAAGUAUGGUUUAACCCUUUAUAAGGUUCGGUUAGUUGGUAGCAACAUUGAAGUAGCUAAAUUUGCUACUUGCAUUCCAAAGGAUAGAGUGAUUGAGAUAUAUUUUGAACAUUUGAAUUUCUAUCAUGAUGAUCAUCAACAUUGCGAGAAGACGGGAAUGGAUUCUUUGCCAACAAGUGAUACAGAAGCAAAUAGUGAUGAUUCUCAUGAUGAUGAUUUUGAAGAUUUUGAUUAUUCAUUAGAGGAAGAUGAUAUAUUAUUUUCUAAAUAUAUUGAUCCUUCUGCUGAAUCUUUUGGGAUCAAUAUAAAUCAGAGACAUGAGAAAAAUGAUGUAAAUCAAGAUUAUGUAAAUGAAAAGAUGCAGAAUGUGGAAGGUGAUUCAGAUUGUGUAGAUUCUGAUGAUACAGGGAGUUUAAAUAGUGAUUGCAAUUCUGAAAAUGAAGAUUCUAACUUUCCGAAGCACAAUCCAAAAACGGAUGCCCUUAAUCCCAAAUUGGAGUUGGGACUGAUAUUCGGUAACAAGAAAGAAUUCAAAGAAGCUGUGAUUGCAAAUCAAGCCAAAAUAGGAAAGUCAAUUGAGUGGAUCAAAGAUGACAGAAGAAGAGCAAGGGCCAAAUGUAGGAAAAAUGGAUGUAACUGGAGGAUAUUGGGUUCAUCGAUGCAAAGGGACACAUCUUUUCAAAUAAAGACGUUUGUCCCCAACCAUACUUGUUUUGGGUGGAAUUAUAACAACAAAAAUAUCACUUCCAGUUGGAUUGCAAGGAGGUAUGUUGAUAGAGUUAGAUCAAAUAAGAAUUGGAAAACAUCAGAAUUUAGAGAUACAUUGAGUAGGGAAUUACGGCUACAUGUAAGUAUGCAUCAAGCAAGAAGGGCAAAGGAAAAAGCUAUUGCAAUGAUCGAUGGAGAUAUAAACGUUCAGUUUAGUAUAUUAUGGAAUUAUUGCAAUGAAAUUGUUCGAACCAAUCUUGGGACUUCCGUUUUCCUGAAAGUAACUCCAAAUGAGAUACCUAACAAGUUGAUGAGAUUUCAAAGGUUUUAUAUUUGUUUUGCAGCAUGUAAAGUAGGAUUCAAGGCUGGUUGUAGGAAGAUUGUUGGGGUCGAUGGGUGUUGGCUGAAGGCCACCAUGUAUGGGGCACAGUUAUUAUCAGCGGUUACUUUGGAUGGAAAUAACAACAUCUUUCCAAUAGCUUAUGCAAUAGUUGAGAAGGAAAAUAAGGAAACAUGGUGUUGGUUUUUAACAUAUUUAAUGAACGACCUUGAAAUUGAAGAGCAAUACCUGUGGACUUUUAUGUCAGAUAAGCAAAAGGGACUUCUUGAAGCUUUUGAAUUAGUGUUGCCUGAUGUUUCUCAUAGAUUUUGUGUGCGACACUUGCAUAACAAUUUCAAGAAAGCUGGGUUCUGUGGAAUGGCAUUAAAAAAUGCUCUUUGGAAGGCAGCUUUAGCAACAACUGUUGACAGGUUUGAUGCUUCUAUGGCUGAUUUGUUUGAGUUAGAUAGAGAUGCUUAUGCAUGGCUUUCUACGAAAUUGCCUAGUGAAUGGUCAAGAUCACAUUUCUCGUCUCUUCCUAAAUGUGACAUUCUUUUGAACAACUAAUGUGA